UUUUUUUUUUUCCUUCUUUUUUGACACAUCUUUAAAAUGUUCGCUUUGAAGACAGCAGCAAACAAGGUCGCUCUUCCUGCCACUCGCGUUGCCUCUCGUAGAUGCAUUUCCUCUUCUACUGCCAGAAGUGCUUUCAACUCUACUCGUUUGGCUCUUAACGCUGGCAACAAGUUUACUUCCAACAUCCUUAAGGAUGCCUAUGUUUCUUCUGCUCCUUCUCGUUUGAUGUUCUUUAGUAAGAAACCUUCAAAAAAGAGAAAGAAUGCUUGAUAUUCAUGCACUUUAUUAGGCCGUCGUACUAUGGCUACUGAAACUGGUGGCAAGUUCAGCCGUGGUAAGCCCCACGUCAACAUUGGUACUAUUGGUCACGUUGAUCACGGUAAGACUACCUUGACUGCUGCCAUUACCAAGACUUUGGCUAUCGAAGGUGGUGCUCAAUUCAUGGAU